AAGGUUGAAAAUAACUUUCCAAGCAGAAAAGAAAAACUCAGACAAGAACACAGGAAUGAGAGUUCAUCAUUGAACCUCCUCACCCUGUUACCUUGAGUGAAAUAUAAAGGCCUAUUUAGCUGCUGCCUCAUCUGUAAAGCAAGGGUAAUUCAGAGGUCCGUGGGGCCAGCCAGCCUGAGCCUGCUUACCUUCAGAGUCUACGCAGCACCAAAAAAGGAUGCGCCUCACAAAAAUUCCAUGAAAGUUGAUGAGCUUUCACUCUACUCAACUCCUGAGGGUCAAUAUAAAUAUGUGGAGGAACCAAGGACUCAACUCGAAGAAAGCAUCUCACAGCUCCGACAUCAUUGCGAGCCAUAUACAAGUUGGUGUCAGGAAACAUACUCCCAAGCUAAGCCCAAGAUGCAAAGUUUGGUUCAAUGGGGGCUAGAUAGCUAUGAAUAUCUCCAAAAUGCACCUCCUGGAUUUUUUCCAAGACUUGGUGUUAUUGGUUUUGCUGGCCUUGUUGGACUCCUUUUCACUAGAGGUUCAAAAAUAAAGAAGCUUGUGUAUCCACCUGGUUUCAUGGGAUUAGCUGCCUCUAUCUAUUACCCACAACAAGCCAUUGCAUUUGCCCAGGUCACUGGGGAGAAGUUAUAUGACUGGGGUUUACGAGGAUACAUAGUCAUAGAAGAUUUGUGGAAGGAGAACUUUCAGAAGCCAGGAAAUGUGAAGAAUUCACCUGGAAAUAAGUAGAAAACUCCAUGUUCUGCCCAUUUUAAUCAGUUAUAGGUAAACAGUGGAAACUCCAGACAGUAAAUCAGUAUUUCUACAGAAAAAGGGCAGAGAAGUCAGUAUUGAAUAUAGUAAACUGGCCUUCUUCAGGAAAAUCUAUAGUAGGCCUUUUCGUUAUCUUGGUUGAUACCAUACUACAAGUGGACUAACCUGAAAUCGUUUACCUAGAGAUAAUGUAAAAGUCUUAGAACUCCUCGUUCUCAUGUCACUAUUUAUGUACAUAAUUAAAAUCCAAAUUAAAAAAAUGUGUCCUGCUUUCUUUA